AUUUAAUAACAGAGCACUUUCACUUCCAGUAUCCGCCGCCCGGGGGAGGAGGCUGUGACUUCCCUCCCUGCACCUAUCGCCAGCAGCAGCAGCACUGUGCCAGGCACUGACAUCCUGCACAACAGCGCCGGCCGGUCCAGCCAGGGUGCCCGAAUCCUACUCCGGACCCUGCUGCAUGCUGUACCGCUGCUGCUGCCCGGGAGUAUGGGGACUCGCCCAGAUGACAUGGAGCUGAACGGGCGGCUGGAUGAGACAGCCCACCUACAGGAUGGGGAGGUUGUACCUGUACGUGAAAGAGGCAGAAGAAACUUGAACAUAAAUCAUUACGCCAAUAAGAAGAGUGCAGCAGAGAGCAUGCUGGAUAUUGCCCUCCUGAUGGCCAACGCUUCGCAACUGAAAGCUGUAAUGGAGCAGGGACCCACAUUCUCUUUUUAUGUCCCCCUCAUCGUUUUGAUCUCCAUAUCGCUCGUCCUCCAGGUUGUGGUUGGCGUGCUGCUCAUCUUCAUCGUAAAGUAUGAUCUUAACAAUCCUGCCAAACACGCCAAACUGGACAACCUUAACAAUGCUGCUACAGGACUUGUAUUCAUCAUCGUGGUGGUCAAUGUGUUUAUUACAGCAUUUGGUGUCCAAAAACCAGCAGAGGCUCCAACAAAACUAUAAAGCAUAACAUAACAUGAGUUAUACUCAAGGAAUAUAAAGUGAGGAUUUGUCUGUGUGUUCUGUGAUGUAACUGAUCCAACAUGAGAUACAUUCGGAAUGAUAAAUGUCAGUUCUGAAAACAUUACAGUUUUCCUACCUUUCACCGGAUAUGGAUCCACAGAAGUUUUGCACUCUUUGGAUUUGCCCCUAAAACAUAUUCUGAGAUGUUUGUUAACUAGAAUGCAAGAACUGCGGAACAAAUAUUUACUUUGCUUUCCUAGAAGUCAUCUAAGUAAUUCUGCUGUCCAUCAGGUAUUUGGAGCGUUCUGGAAUAUCGGUGCAAGCAUCAGGAAACGGGAAUACUGUGGAUUUUUUCAGUACUGACCAAGGGACAUUUAAUUAAAUUCUCUAUAUACUGUACUGAAAUUAUAGUUAAAUAUUUGUUGUAUUGUCCCAACACUUAAGUGUCUUCCACCACAAUAAUAAUCCUUUUCCUUAAAAUGUAGAAGAGUUGUUUUCAACAUAUGGCCCUCCAGCUGUUGUGGAACUACACAUCCCAGAAUGCCCUGCCACCGGUUUAGCAUUCCCUAAUGGCAAAACUGUGGCAGGGCAUGCAGGGAUGUGUCGUUUUACACCAGAUGGAGGGCCGCAUGUUGGCAAGACCUCAUGUAGAACAAACUGGAGCAUGGUCCUGAAAUGGUUCACUGCAUGCGCCUCCACUAUGUAACUUUAUGGUGCUGAUGUGGACUCCUCUAUGCUGGAACAUUAUUAUAGAAUAUAAUCACUGUGUAGCAUUAUUCCAGAUGCUGUAACCAUGUAAUUCCAUGAUGUAAAUGCAUCACAGCUGGCAGCAUAAGUCAUAGCAUGUUUUUUUUAUUCAGUAAAUUAUAUAUUUAAAAAAAAUAUCUAUUUUUAAAUUAAUUAGCAAAUAAACAUGAGCAGGUCAUGGUAUUUUUAAAUAGUUAUAUAUUGAGCAAAUAUGAAACAACAGUUUUUGAGUGUAGAAUCGCCGCCAUUGCCUGCCAGUAGAGUAGUGAAUCGGAUAAUGAAUAGCUAUUAAGGGGAUGUAGAUAUAUGACCGGCGGUUAGGAGACCGCCAGUCACAAUACCAACACCUACAUCCCUCCCACUCAAAAUCCCGACAGUCGGCAUGCCGACUAGCAGGGACUGUUCGACCCUUCUCCCCUUGCUGGCAUUCUAAUCCCCUAUACAUAUUCUGCAAUUUUAUUAAUUGAUUUUGUUGCUUUAGAUUAACUUUCCCAGAAUUACCAUAUCCACGAGAUCCAAUAGUAUCGGUUAGUUUCAUCACGGUAGCUUCAGAUAGGUUUUGAUUGGGCACAGGGUUAAGUCCCAUGGAUAAAUUAGUGCAGUAGUCCAUUUAUCUAUAGCGAUCCAUUUGACUUGCCUACAGAAUGAUGAAGGACCACAAAUUCUGGGUUCGAUCAAACCAGCAGCUUCUCUUUUUGAGUUCCAAAUACAAAAACAGAUGAAGGAAAUGGUGUGACACAGAGAACAUUUUAUUUCCGUCAACCCACAAGUUCUGUCCACACUAACAGCAAGGAAAGCACAGGUGUGCAUAAUUUUUACGCGGUCAACUCUGCCAUGUAUUUCAUUGCUGUCAGUGGUAUACGGAGCUUACAUUAUAAACAUUGUUUGAUCUCUAACCAGCACUGUUCUCCUUUGAAUAUUUCUCAGUCUGCCUUAUGUAUAAAAUACUACUCUAAGGAGACAUUAAGGCCAUUUCUGUAUUCCCAGGGGUGAGUUAACCACUGAAGUGUUGAAAAACACUCAUGUAAUAUAAUGCAACAGAGUAAACACAUUGUAAAAAAAAAAAAAAGCUCUGCAUUUCCAGAAAAAAAUAACAGACCUGUAUUAUCUGUCAAAAGCAUUUCACAUUUAGGAAAAAAGGAAGAUUAGAAAAACAUCAGCGCUCAGUAGGUCUGCCCUUCUUAAAGGUGAAAUGUAAUGUGCACCCUGCUUGUGUCCAGUUUUGGGUACGGUGAUAUACACAGAUAUAUAAUUCCAUGUAAGGGUGCGAUAUAUUUUGUGGACAUUCACAGUGUCAACAUGGUCAUAAUGGCGACAUGCAGUAUAUUGACUGACCACGUUAACAUUCAUCAUGUUGACAUAAUUAGAAUGUCAACAAAACAACCCUGGUUGUUUAGCAGUCACCUGGUAUGGUGUGUACGUCGGCUUUAGUGUUGUCUUCCAAGUCUGGCUGGGAUCUGAUGAUCCAGUGGAUCCAGAUCCAACAGCUCUUCCAGUGGUGAGUAUGCCUAACCUGCCCUCCCGAACCCAAACCUAACCUCCGCUCCCGUAGUCUAACCCUAACCUCCGCUCCCGUAGCCUAACCUCCGCUCCCGUAGCCUAACCAUAACCUCCCCUACCAUAGCCUAACCCUAUCCUCCCCCUUCCCGUAGCCUAACCUUAUCUCCUGUAGCCUAACCAUAACCUCCGCUACCAUAGCCUAACCCUAUCCUCCCCCUUCCCGUAGCCUAACCUUAUCUCCUGUAGCAUAACCCUAACCUCCCCUCCCAAAGCCUAACCCUAACCUUAUCUCCUGUAGCAUAACCCUAACCUCCCCUCCCGUAGCCUAAACCACCAAUGCCGGCCCUUGCAGAAUGUCUGCAUAUUACAUAUCGAUAUUUGAACAUUCUGCACAUGCCAUCAUGUUCAGUGUUGACAUUUUCACCACAUCUGCCAUGUCAGUUGCCGUCACUGUACACAAUGGAACCAGGGUAAUUAAUUACGCUGUCCGGUCUCUAGGUUCACCACACUUAGGUCGACACUGUCUAGGUCGACUACUAUUGGUUGACAGUAAGUAGGUCGACAUGACAAAAGGUCGACAUGGAGUUUUUCACUUUUUUAAAUAAUUUUUUUUAACUUUUUCAUACUUUACUAUCCACGUGGACUACAAUUGGGAACGGUAACCUGUGCCGAGCGCACCUUGCCUGAAGCAUGGCGAGCGGACAUGGUGCACUAAUUGGAGUUCCUGGUUGCUGUAUGGAGAAAACUACACCCAAAAAAGUGAAAAAAACUCAUGUCGACCUAGAAACCAUGUCGACCUGCUUACUGUCGACCAAUAGUGGUCGACCCUACAUACCACACCCAUUAUUUACACAAUAGAUUUGGAAUAAGUCAGAAAUGUACCAGUUUGUAUAUUUAGCUCAUUAUGCCACUAUGAUAAAUUAUACUAUACGUACUGUUACAGAGAUAUCUAUGCAAAUCAUGACCGCUGUAUUCACUGUACAAUAUUACGUACUAUAUGUAUGGCAUUCUCAAGAUUUUUAGAGCGAUCGGUCAAAAUUAAAUAAAAUCCCCAUAUGCAUCAUUUGUUUUUGUUAGAUACAUUCUACUUAUAUUGUUUUUACUUGUAUAGUUUAAUUUUCUAAUGUCUACUCUUUAGAAGAGUGUAUCUAACAUGUACUGUGAAAGAAAUCCUCUCCUGUCUUUGUUUAGGUGGCAGGCUGACUCUACCUAUCGUCAUGUUAUCAUCCAAAGAAAAACUGAUUUACAUUGUACAGCAAGAAAACCCAAAGAGUGUAUCUAACCUACAAAUUAGGAUAUUUAUUUAGUUUAAAAGACACUUACAUUUUGAAAGACAAAUCCUUCAAGGAACUCAGUCACCAUUGGAAAAUGCACAGCAUGUUCACAAAAGUGAUUUAAUAGAGGGAUGUGUAUCAAGCCUUGGAGAGAGAUAAGGUAACCGUCAGUCACUGUCACUUUACAGGCUGUGUUUGAAAAAUGACAGGAGCUGAUUGGUUUGUACCUUAUCUUUCUUCGUGGUUUGAUACAUCUCCCCCUUGAGGUGUGUACACACGGUGAGAUAAAUCUGUAAGAUUUUGACUAUAUAGUCAAAAUCAUAAGGAAAGUUAGUGCAUAUCUCUAGGCAGCUUGCGAUACCAAUUCGAUCCCGAUGCGCACUCCCGCGGGGUCGGUAUCGCAAGGCUAGAUAGACUGUGCAGGCUAGUCAAUCUUGACUAUCUAGUAUAAAGUAUAGUCAACAUUGGCACUUAGUCAAAAUCAUACAUAGACAAAAUCGAAAGUACAGAUAGUGAAAUCUGUGCUAUCUGGGCUCUGGGAGAGUUCAAGAGAAAUCACAUAUUGUAGUCAAAAUCAGGCAUAACAAGGAUCUCGCCGUGUGUACACACCUUUUAUACAGAUGUAGUUAUUUCUAUAACUGUGGUCUUACCAUUGUGCUGCUGUACAUAACCAUUACUGUUCCACUGCUGAUAAACAACUGGUAGAGCACAGUACUAGCUUCAUCAUUUAUUCCUUUAGCAUUAUGUGUCAAUGACAGAAGUAGAAGGUAGGUGUUUAUGUUUCAGAUUGACCAUAAGCCUGUAGUAAAUUAGUAGCAAUGUACUUUUAAGGUAACCUAACAUCAAGAAUUUCCUGUUCACCUCUAUGCGGUGAAGGAGAAACCUGCAACGUAUGUGGCCGUAGGAUGCUGGCAAAACGGUUGGAACACAGGCACCUCUUUGUUGUCGCCAGUAAUUAAAUUACAGGCUAAACUUUCAUGGGGAUUUCCAGAUUGAGAGCAUUAUCAGCCCAUAUAUAAAUAUAUGUAUUUGUGUAUGUAUAUAAUCUGUCGGUGCUUGGAAUAUCUUGCAAACACAAUGUAUACACUGAAAUAUAGAUUGGAUAGAAUAUAUAUUUAGGUUUGUUGCACUUGUAGAUAUGCAAAGAAUAGAUUACUUUUUAUGACCAAUUUAUAUAAAACCACUUGUAUUCUAUGCAUUUUAUAUAUGCUUUGUUUAAAAAAAAAUAUUGUUUUAUUAAAGUCUUUUUUGCAGAA